AUGCUGCUGGUCAACUGGAUGCCUUCCAAAGUUUGUGGGGAUCCGAGAUUGCUCUUGCACAAGGCAAAUCCCACUUUUCCCUUGGGUCCUUUUGACAGCAAGAACGGUAUCAUCUUGGAUGGUUCUGACUCCUUCAUAGUCACCCCAAACUCCUCUAUCAUCUGCAGGCCUCCCCUUGGGGCGAACCAGGAGGUAUACAUGUGGGAAAACUUUCGGUAUGGCCACGAUGACCUGCUCCAAUGGCCACAGGCCUAUGUUGAGCAGUUUCCUCAUCUGGCUUGUGUACGCUGGAUAGCUCCUGCCUCUCCAAAUGAUCCCUUCCAUCUGCUGUAUCUUGGCUUGACAAAGUACGAUUUUGUUGAGUGCGACCUAGACAGUCUUGUGGAGGGAGUUGGUCAUCUGCGUUACUCGACAUUUCUCAAAAUUCAAGCCACCUGCAAAGUUGUCAUUGAGUUGAUGAACUCAGUCGAUGCCAGCGCACCUGUGUCCCAUAGCAUGCAUGGACAUCUUAGUGUCAUUGAGCUGCUUCUGGGGUGA